GUGUGUGUGUGUGUGUGUGUGUGUGUGUGUGUUGGGGGUGUAACUGACUACCCCGCAAAGCGCUCAAGUGCUCAGCUGCUUCAUCUGGAGGAAUUUGCGCCCCAACAAACUCUUCUCUGCGGAACGGACUGCGUGACUUGUAAUAAAAUCUCAGCUAUUUGUUCACAUGAGAGGACGGAGCGGACCAGACCCGAAAGUCGAUCGUGACCUCAGCCUUGUCUAGUCGGUAGGAUAUGGCUGUGCGGUCCAGGACGGGGUACUACCGGCAGGAGGUCAACAGAACCGUGUGGGAGGUUCCGGAGAGAUACAGGGACCUGAAGCAGGUCGGAACAGGAGCAUACGGGACUGUGUGUUCAGCAUGGGACCGCCGGAUGGGGACGCAGGUGGCCAUCAAGAAACUUCAUCGGCCCUUCCAGUCCAAACUUUUUGCCAAAAGGGCUUACAGAGAGCUGCGACUCCUCAAACACAUGAAGCAUGAGAAUGUAAUCGGGCUCCUGGAUGUUUUCACUGCUGAAAUCUCAUUGGACCGCUUGCGUGACUUUUACCUGGUGAUGCCGUUCAUGGGCACUGACCUCGGCAAGCUGAUGAAGCUGGAGAGGUUAACAGAAGACAGAGUGCAGUUCCUCGUCUAUCAGAUGCUGAAGGGACUCAAGUAUAUCCACUCUGCAGGGAUCAUUCACAGGGACCUUAAACCUGGAAAUUUAGCUAUUAACCCGGACUGCGAGCUAAAGAUUCUUGAUUUUGGCCUGGCGAGGCAGGCUGAUGCAGAGAUGACCGGCUAUGUCGUGACACGGUGGUACAGAGCGCCCGAGGUUAUCCUCAACUGGAUGCACUACACACAAACUGUGGAUAUCUGGUCGGCAGGUUGCAUUAUGGCAGAGAUGCUGCUGGGAAAGCCGCUGUUCAAAGGAAAUGAUCACUUGGACCAGCUCAGAGAAAUUAUGAAGAUUACAGGAACUCCAACUGCUGACUUUGUUGUGAAGCUCCAGAGCCAAGAUGCCAAAAACUACAUCAGAAGUCUGCCAAAAGUGCCAAAAAAGGAUUUGCACACUAUUUUCUCCAAAGCAAGCUCCAAUGUGUGUGUCUUGGAAAAGAUGCUGCUCCUCGACCCUGAGCGGAGGGUGAGCGCCUCGGAGGCACUCGACCUUCCCUUCUUCAGUGAGUUCAGAGAUGCUGAGGAGGAGACUGAAGCGUUGCCUUACGAUCAGACCAUGGACAACACAGACUUGCCGCUGGAUCAGUGGAAACGUCACACUUUCACAGAGAUCCUGACCUUCAGACCACCCAAAGACUCCAGAGAGACGUCACUUUAAGAGCACACACACAUGCAUGCACACAUUGUGCACACAUUCUCACACACAAAAUUGCACACGCUCACACAUAGACACCUGCACCAAAAAAUAUUGUUUUCUUGUUGACUUUGUUGUGUUUGUAGGAGUAACUGAUGUUAUUAGAUUGGGAAGUUGAAGUUUUUGUUUUCAAUAAAUGUGGU